AUGGUCAAUUGUAAAGGCGUCGUGAUCUCACAAAAGCACAUUGGAAACCAAGAAGUCUGUCGCUAUUGUAGAACGCAAGUCUGUAUCAAAUGCUACGCCCAGGCAAGGAAUACAAGGUUGGUACGGUUAUCAGAGCAUGUUCACCAUCAACACACGUGCAUGUCGUGUGUUCGGUUGUACCCAGAGGCGAAAAACUUGGAGUCUCCACCACGACAGCAUCGUCUUCGGCUGAAUUCAGUUCCUAUUGCAAACGAAUCUCGUAUGAAUUCAAUUUCAAACCAACCAAGAGAUUGCAAUAAACGGGGUAGCCGCCCAAAACCAAGCACAGGGAGUUUAGCGAGUGGAAACACACCAAAUCAAUGGUCGGCUGCGAAUGUUACGAGGAUGUCAAGUCAAACAGACGUAACGGGGGGACUGACUGCAGAUCUGCUUCGUCGUCAUACAUCAGCACUUCCACCAGUAUCGUGGUUGGCCGACUUUACGAAACAAUCGUCGAAGCCAUCUAGGGCGGUCAAACAAUUGUUACGAGUCAAUGCGACAGAACCACAAACUACUAAACGACAUUCUAAAGCGACAGAACUGCAUGCGCUAAGAAGAGAAGUUCCGACGUCAUACUCGUGCGAUUUCACACAAAAAUAUCCAGUCAUGGUUGUUCACAACGGUAUUUCGACUUCGCCAAAGGAAGCGAAGCAUUCAAUGACAGAUCUGAGAAGCGUUUCGAAGUCGCAAUCGUGUGAUCUUACAGGUGACAAACCAUCGAACAAGCAGAACGGCAUAAAGCCUUCGACUGUUGGUCUGCGGCGUACCGAGCACACGAUAAACAUACCGGGGCCAACAAUGCGAGGACGACGCGCGUCAGUAGCUUAUCCAUCCAAUAGUUCUCCCACACGAGCCUCUUUGAAGCACUACGCUGUCAUGGCCGCAAAGCGUGGAUCAGCUCAACGCGAUUCAAAGCGCUGCGAUGACUAUCUUCAGGAAAAGAAGAAGCAGUCGCACGAACCGAAGACUACGAAAAACGUUUUGAGUGCAGGCAGCGACAACAUUCUCACGAGCAAGAAGACCGGUGCUCCAUUAAUUGAUUUCCACCUUUCGACUGUGGGUCUUCGACCGCGAUCCCGCCGCCAUACAACGGCGGGAGCAUUGACCCAGAACAUGAAACCUAUGAAACAUGGGAACCAAGAACCUGUCGCUGAGGAGGUGGACAUUCACGAUGACGAUAGGUUUGCUCGCUUUCGACAGAAAAAGAAGGCCGAGGUGAUCGACUUUCAUUUGUCAAGGUUUAAUCUGACGUCGCGAAGAUUGAUGGCUGAGGCUGAAUCAGCAUCUGACAAUGUCAAAGUUGGUCAUCGUGAUAAGGAGAAGCAGGUAACAACAGUUCCGGCUACCCUGGAACAAAUGACUUCGAAGCACUUGAAAAAUGAACCAUGUGACUUGGCUUAUUUGGAGAAAUUCAGGUCGUUGACGCUGUAA